AUGCAGCCAAACUAUGCACGGGGGUAUCCCCAAGGCUCCAUGAAGUCUCCUGCGACAGCUCGUCGCGGCCCCGGCCCAGCCGGCGCGAUGCCAGUUCCAAUGCCUCAGCACGCAGUCAAUCCACAGUACCUGGCCGCACAGCGCACAAUUCCGCAUCCGAACGAUGCAGCCCUUCGACGUAGCCGCAAACCGACUGACAAGAACAUGCCAGAAGGUCUGGAGGACGUGAUCAUUGGCGAGGGCGUCGAACAAUACAAAAACCUCCGCGAUCUAGAAAAGCGACUAGAUGCCGCGAUCGUGCGCAAGAGACUAGACAUUCAAGACUCAAUCAGUAAGACUGUCAAGAAGUACCGCACCCUUCGCAUCUGGAUCACGAACACCGUCGAGAAUCAACCCUGGCAAGGAGCCGGUGGCAAUCCAGGCUCUGGGCGAUUUAAGGUGCGCAUUGAGGGUCGAUUACUGGAUGAUGACAAUGAUCCUACCGUGCCAGAGGAUGAGGAUGAGACGUCAAAAGGUGACGAAAUGGACGAGAGCAAGGACACUGCAGAAGGUGCCAAGCAAACAAAGCCGAGGAAACCCUCCCAACGGCUUUCCCACUUCUUUAAGACCAUCGCAAUCGACUUCGACAAGUCAGCAAGCAACACCGCUAGUGAAGCCAAACCUGUCACGUGGACAAAACCGCAGGCGUCCGCGAACCCGACCACGAUUCCACCAAACGCCGAAUUCGACUGUAUUCAGUUCUCGCGCAGCUCUCAGGAGAACAUCAACGUGACUAUCAGUUUGGUGCGGGACGAGACACCGGAGCGAUACAAGCUAAGCAAGGAGCUUGCUGAAGUCUUGGACGUGGAGGAAGAGACCCGAAGUGGGAUUGUGCUUGGAAUCUGGGAUUACAUCCGUGCGAUGGGCCUGCAAGAGGACGAGGAGAAGCGACAGGUUCGCUGUGACCAUCGCCUCCGAUCUAUUUUCGGUCGCGAUCAAAUGUUCUUCCCUCAGAUUCCCGAAAGCAUAGGGCCUCACACCAGCCCAAUGGAUCCUAUCAAGCUCCCAUACACAAUUCGCGUCGAUGAGGAGUUUCACAAAUCCCCCACUCCGACCAUCUAUGACAUCCAGGUCGCUGCUCUUGCUCACUCGCGUGCACGCCAUUCAUUUUACAAAGCUCUUGCCAAGGAUCCCGCUACUUUCCUUCGUCGCUGGAUCAACUCUCAGCGCCGGGACCUUGAAACAAUCAUUGGCGAUGCCAACGGGGUGGGUGAUGGCAGUGGUCCUGAGUUCCGUCGUGGAGGUCCUGAAAGCGCCUGGGAAACUCCAGUCGCAAAAGAGGCAGUACGCUACAUGUUGGCCAAACCUGAGGCUGCAGUGCCGCGGUAA